AUAUUUAACCUGAAUGUAAAAACUAUACCCAGAAAGUUGCUGACUAAAUGUAAGAGGGUCCAAAGCUAGCUUGUGGCAUGGAUAUUAACCAGUUAUUACAACAGAUGCGUGGUUUCCUGUCAGCUUAGUGUCCAGGGGCAGAAAAGUUUCGCUUCUGUCUCAUGUCAACACCGGAACCGUCCUCCCCUUUUUUACACUGACCGCCAGCUGCCGAUCACCGGACUUUAUACCCCCGGUAGAGUUAAUCAGUUCAAGAGGGAACGACUUGAAAUGCUAGAAGCAACAGCAGCCCCGCGGAGCUCUCUGUAGCUGUCUGCAGCUGGAAACGAUCGAUGGAUUUCCACCAACUUUGCACUUUUGAAACUUUCCAGCAGCUCUGGAGUCACUACGGUUAUGGAGGAAACUUCCCAGACGUGAUCGAGGAGGAGUUCAGGCGGAUUAAAGGAGCUACAUACCUGGACCAUGCAGCAGCCACCCUGUACCCAGAGUCUCUGGUCAGGGACUACUGCAGGGACAUUUCAACUAAUGUCUACGGAAACCCUCACAGCCAUCACCCCAGCAGCACACUGACACACGACACAGUGGAGGGGGUGAGAUACAGGGUAUUGCAGCAUUUUAACACCACCCCCGAGGAGUACUCUGUGAUUUUCACUUCUGGUUGUACAGCAGCUCUCAAAUUAGUGGCUGAGAGCUUUCCCUGGAGGCCACCAACUGAGAGCGAGGCAGGGAGUCACUUCUGCUACCUCACAGACAGCCACACCUCUGUAGUUGGCAUGAGAGGGCUGACUUCUGGCCGGGGGGUAGUUGCCCUGCCUGUCUCCCCGCUGGAAUUGGAAAACAGGGCAAAAGAUGAGGCUCAAGGUGAAGGUGUUAUUUGCGAGACGCCGCACCUCUUCUGCUACCCGGCACAGAGCAACUUCUCUGGGAGGAGGUAUCCCCUUAGCCAUGUGAAAAGCAUCCAAGCGAGACGCCUUUACCCAGCAUGUGACCACCAAGGCCGCUGGUUUGUGCUGCUCGACGCGGCCUCUUAUGUCAGUUGUUCCUCUCUAAACCUACAGGACUGCCCCGCUGAUUUCAUUCCCAUCUCUUUCUACAAGAUGUUUGGCUUCCCUACAGGUCUGGGGGCCCUUCUUGUCCGCAACGACGCAGCAGGCAUACUAAAAAAGACUUAUUUUGGAGGAGGCACAGCAGCAGCUUACCUUUCAGGAGAAGAUUAUUAUGUGCAGGCGGCAAACAUUUCUGACAGAUUUGAAGAUGGAACUGUCGCUUUCUUGGACAUCAUCGCAGUAAAUCACGGGUUUGAAGCUCUUUACAGGAUCACAGGGAGCAUGCACAAUAUCCAACAGCACACGUUCGGGUUGGCACGCUACACAUACAUGCUGCUGUCAAGUCUUUGCCAUGGCAACGGGAGACCAGUGGCUCAGAUGUACACUGAAGGCCAGUUUGAGAGUCCGAUCACACAGGGCGCAAUUCUGAACUUCAACCUCAUGGAUUCUAAUGGACACAUAAUUGGGUAUUCACAGGUACACAGAAUGGCCAGUCUGUACAAUAUUCAUGUGCGUACAGGUUGCUUCUGCAACACGGGGGCCUGCCAAUCCUUCCUCGGGAUCACCAAUGAGCAGAUGAAGAGUAACCUGCAGGCCGGCCACGUCUGCGGAGACAACAUCGACCUAGUGGAUGGCCAGCCGACCGGAUCAGUUCGAGUGUCCUUUGGCUACAUGUCAACAUUUGAAGACUGUCAAAAGUUCCUGAACUUUGUUGCCGAGUGCUUCGUAGAGAAACCGGUCACGGUGGACCAAGAGAGGAUGCAGAAGCUAAAAACAGCCACAACAGCAUCAGAGGCCUCCAAAGAAUAUCCUUUAAUAAAAGUUACUAAUGGGGAAAUAUAUAAAGUAGAGGAAAAGAAGCCCACAGAAGCAUCACUGAAGGGAUUUGGACGCAGAGACUCAAACAGCCAUGGGGAGGCUUAUACUCUCACCAACAUCUACAUAUAUCCCAUCAAGUCUUGUGGAGCGUAUGAGGUCCACGACUGGCCGGUGGGACAGUUGGGUUUACUGUACGACAGAGGCUGGAUGGUGGUGAAUGGAAACGGCGUGUGCCUGAGUCAGAAGAGAGAGACACGUUUAUGCCUCAUUCGCCCACAAGUGCACCUUCCCUCAAACAAAUUGCUCCUGCAGGCAUCGGGGAUGGAUACCAUUUCGGUUCCUUUGGAAAACAACACUCAAUUGCACAGAGGCAUUCGGGUGUGUCACACUAAAGUUUGUGGUGACAGGGUGGAGACUGUCGACUGCGGGGACGAGGCUGCAUCGUGGCUUUCAGACUUCCUUGGACAGCCGUGCCGCCUGAUAAGACAAAGACCUGAUUUCACCCGAGAAAUGAAAAAGAGGCUUGGCAGAGCUACCACCUCCUCGUCCCUCUCCCUGGUGAAUGAAGCUCAGUAUCUCAUGAUCAACGUUGCCAGCGUGGAGCUCAUUCAGAAACUAAUGAGCAGCAGGCAGGACGAUUCUGAGGGUGAUCAGCUCCUUGACACGCAGAAUGUCAUUAGCCGCUUCCGAGCCAAUUUAGUCAUCGCUGGAGUAGAACCAUUUGAGGAGGAUAAUUGGUCACACUUGAUUAUUGGCAGCACUCGAUUCAUGGUUGCAGGUCCAUGUGGAAGGUGCCAGAUGGUUGGAACAGACCAGGACACUGGGACUAAAACAAAAGAGCCGCUAAUGUCCUUGUCUGCUGCUCGCACUGGAAAGGUGACUUUUGGUGUGUACCUGAGCCACCAGCUACCAGAAAGCUCUACUGCAGCCACUGUUCUCUCCGUUGGUUCCCUUGUACAGCCUGAGCCACACAGUUCUUCAACUAUUCAGCUCUAACAUCCUCUUUAUUCAUUUUGGUGACUAUUUGUAGUCCAAAUUUCUCCACUUCACAUCUUAAAGAUCACAUGUGGGGAGUUUUGGUAGAUGCUUGUCUUUUCUUUGUCUGUGAAGCACUUAUGUCCUCUCAUGUGCCCUUUUCAUAUUGAACAUUAACAUAUCUAUUUUGAUAAGAAAUAUAUGCGAAUUAUGAUUUUUUUCCCCCCAAACGAUGUUCUUAAAAUGUGUGCAAUAAUGGGGUUGGGUACUAUUAAGCGCAUGACCAAAUUAUAGUUUGUGUUCCUUUUUAUGUGAUACAGAAUGUCAGACUUGAUGCAUAAUUGUGUGUACCUCCUGGACAGAUCUUCUUCUCUUUAUUCCCACAUAGCUUUAUGUAUUCUAAACACACCAAAACUGAUACUGCUGCCAGAAAAUGAAAACAUAUAUAUCUCUGUAAAAUCAGUGCUCUUUAUAUUCCCCUUACUAGUAGUGCACGAUAUUGGAUUUUUGCUGAUGUUCAGUAUGCCAAUAUUGCCCGACUUAUUUUACCUGCUGGCAGAUGCCAAUACAUGCACAUUUGUUUCAUCUAGUUGCUGAGAAAAUCAAGUCUCUCCUACAGUGAAAUUAAACCAUUAUUUUGCCUACUUUUAUCUUGGUGGGCCACUGGUAAAAUACAAUGCUUUUUCAAUAUAUAAAAUAAGAAAUAACAGGCAUUGUCUGUCUGUCCGUGUAAUCAAAACCAAAAUCAUUUGGGUCUGUGCAGAUAUUUCAUUUUAAAAAAGGAAAGACAACUUCUGUGAGAAUCCAUGAGAUUUCAGACAGUGUUUGUAAUUUUUAUUAUAUGCCCACACCCGUUAAAAAGUUUUCCCAUUGUAAUGCUGUUUGACGGUGAAAUCUUCUUUACAAUAAAAGACUUGUUAGAUUGAAAAUAGAUUUCUAGGAAUAAUGUGCAGGAUCCACCAGCCAUAAUCAACUUUAAGACAGAGAAGUAGCAAGUUUUCAUCCAUUUUCAGCCACAGACUGGAGACAGGGCCACUGUGAGACCCCAAGGAGUCGAGUCUGAUGUUCAGCAUUAAAAGAAGACACCUUCCAGAUCUGUCGGGAUGGUGGGACGUUUCUGUUAUCGGGGGAAGGCCACCCGAAAACAGACUUUUACAGGAUUCACAUCACUCACCUCCAGACACCAGGACACAUUUUGGGCCCAGCUUAGUCAAGUGGCCGGCUCAAACCCCCAGUCACUAUCAGGCCUACAAACGACCACAAGUCACUGAAACUUAAUGCAACCUUCUAAAUUCUUUCUUAACGCAUAGACAAAUUCUUAAAAGUUUCCAAAUAAGCCAAGCAUCAAAUUAGUGGCUGAUUUCAGUUGUGGUCUGUUCAUCCCUUCCUCUCAGAAUGCCUUAUUUCACUGUAAUAUUGACCCAGUAUUACAUUGUAUUAUUGGUCUCUUCCUUCUCUUUUCUUUACUGUUUUGUGUUGAAUGUUACUGUUGUGUCAAAGUUAGUAGUUCAUAUUGUGUUAGUUUAAUAAAUGUAUAUAAAUCUAA